GCGCACUAGAAAAUGUCCUUCCGAGGAGGAGGUGGAAGAGGGGGCCGUGGUGGCGGAUUCAACCGUGGUGGAGGUGGAGGAGGAUACGGUGGUGGUGGAGGAGGAUAUGGUGGUCGAGGUGGCGGCGGCGGUUUCCGAGGUGGUGGACGAGGAGGUCGAGGAGGCUUCCAAGACUAUGGCCCUCCAGAAUAUGUUGUUGGUAAGAUGAAUAAGACCGCCAUGUGAUGUUCCAGUGAUGGAGAGGGCAUUGUCUUUACAUCUUGAAUUUACACUACACCAAUUGCACAUCUAGAGAUGUCCAUAUCGUCUGCCUGGCAUUGUAACAUCAGUUACAAUAGAACUGGGAUCAACUGAUCCCAGUUCUAUUUUUUUCCUGUACUGACCAGAUGUCAUUGCUCUUGUCUCUGCAGCAUUA